AUGUUCACAAGUCCAGUUAGUCAAUGGUCGAAAGCCGAACAUUUUCGCACGCUCUCCACUCUUCGUCAUACCGACGACCCUACCAUUUGUUCCGCGCGCUUCUCUACACGACAUUCUCAGAUUCCCAGCUGCACUUAUGUGACAUCUCCUUCAAUCUCCGCUAAUGAAAAUGUCAGCACAGAGACAAAACAUCCUUCAUUCCAUCCAUCGCUGGAGAAACCUUAUGAUACAGGAAUGUGUUCAACUGAUGGCGAUAUUAAACAAAAGCUGACCUUGGAAAUCUGGUUGCCCAAUACACAGCCUCAUAAUGACGAUGAAAAUGUUGAUCAAACAACAUCAACAACGAAAAUCGAUGUCGUCGAAACUCUACCAAUUCUCACUAAUCCUGUACAGUCAAAACCACCGGUUGCAUCGCAUCAGGAACGAACUAGUUGUUAUCCAACAAUAUCAUCAUCUUACAAUGAAGAGACUAAUACUUUCAAGAUUGUCGAAAAAUUGGUGCCUUCGAACCCUUCUCCAGUCGUUACACCGAGAUCGAACAGUUCAAAACCGAUUAGUUCUUUUCUACGAAAAUACUCUUCGAUGAGAAAGGCUAAUCCUCCUCCCAUGAUGAAUAAUUCAAAGCUGAUUCAAUUACCAAUCCUGCCUGGCAAAGCGCCAAUACAUGUUUCGCGACCAUCGUCAGUAAUUCGUCAAGCGAAUACAAGCACAACAUUUCUUGCACGUUGUCCCUCAUCUAUUAACUGGUCUCGCACGGAUGUUCAUCCUCAACUACGUGUAUUUUCUUUAACAAAUCAACAACCUUCAUCUAUCUUCCUAACAAGUCCGUCUAACAAAAAAACUAAUGAAACACUUCACCCACUACGACGUAGUCGAACGUUUGAAACGCUCUUCGAUUACUCCACCUCCGUUCGCAUACCAUCAUUUAGUGAGACCUUGGUAAAUCCAAUCCUUUCUCUUACAUCGAAACGAAUGUCGUUUACCUUUCGUUCGAAACAAUAA